AUGGGUCUUGAUGACGUUCCUGACAAUAUUCGCGAGCAGCUCUAUGCUGAGAACCAGCGACUUGGCAAAAAGAAAACCACGGAUAACUCUACAAUCGGUUCAACUCAACCAUUGAUACCUGCUCUAUCUUCUAAUGAAUCAACGCGGGCUAAGGCCAGUAGAACCAAUCAUGGUUCAUGGCUGUUAUAUGUAGCUGUGAAAGAAUAUACCGACUGGCAGCGGGCACGGAUUUAUGAGGAUCAGGAUCCGGUUAUUUUUGUCAAACAUGGUGUGAAAGUAGGUGCGGCCCAGCGGUUCAUAAGCGACGUUGGCCUCUGGGUGAAGCAAAGCCGGGAGACCGGUUGCCAUGAAAAUAUUAUUUAG